GUUUUUUAAUAGAUAUAAAAUGAUUUCACUGUUCAACAAGUCUUCAUUCGUAGCAGGGUUGAGGACUCGAGAGUGAUCGAGAGAGACGAGGAGUUGACGACCGACCACUGCUGCACCAUGCAAUCCGGCGAUUCAGGUAAACAGCCAUUGGACAUGCAUUAAAAGAACUACUAACCCGCUGGUUUUGAAGUAAGGAUAAUUUUGAGGCAGGUUAGAGCUUCUCAUUGUUCCAUGGCGACCAGAACAAGUUCUUCACCUCUCCCCAAAUCAGGACCAGCUUUGAAAGGCUAUAAUUUUGCUUCAACUUGGGAGCAGAAUGCUCCGUUGACAGAGCAGCAACAAGCAGCAAUUGCAGCACUGUCUCAUGCAGUUUCAGAGCGACCCUUUCCCAUCAACAUGGUGGAUGAUACCCUUGAUUUAUUUAAUCAACUACAACUGCAGCAUCAGUUAGUUGCAACGAAGACUAAAACUUUGCAUGAUACAUGCGACCGCCUGGUUCAGGCAUUGAUUCGAGGUAACAGUGGCAGCAAAACAGCUGUUUCUGAGGGUGUGGAGGCAUCUGUUAUUUAUGUUCGCUUUAAGGCAACAGUUCGCGAGCUCAAUCCGCUGUUAGAGGAAAUCGAAAGCAGAUCUUUAAGGAAAGAAUAUGCUCAACUUCUUGCAGAAUGCCACUGGUUGUACUGUGAACAGGGACUUUCAUUGGUUAGAGGCAUUGUGCACCAACUGAUCUCUGAAUUUGCCAAGAAAGAGGCUUUGCCAUCAUUGACCAGAUCUGGGUGUGCAUACCUUAUGCAGGUCUGCCAACUUGAGCACCAGCUUUUUGAUCAUUUUUUCCCGUCUUCUUCUGAGGAUGUGUCAAGUUUGGCUCCUUUGAUAGAUCCACUAUAUGAUUUCUUGCUUGUCCUUAUAAUUUCACUUUUUUUCUUGAAGUAAACCUGUUACUAUGCUGAAUUAAUGAUGAGCGUUGAGUAAGUUGUUGAGUAUAUUCACCCAAAAGAAAAAAGUUGUUAAAUACUAAUAUUGGUAUCGCACCCCUUUGGUGGAAAGAUAAAGAAAUGAUGCGGAGAAAGUAAAAUUUUACAAAAAGGAUAGUUUUUACUUGGCACUCUCACCAAAAUGAGCAAUAGUCCACUACUUCCUUUCAGACAUACCAAUUGUACAUGUUGUAACAAUGCUGACUAUCUUUUUCUUAGAUUUACCCUAUACCCUUUCUCGGCAGUUUCAUGUAAUUGGAAUUUAUGUAGUAGAUGACCAUUAAUAUCUUACAUCAUAAAAAAUGUUAAUUUCUUAAAUUUCCUCUGUCUCUCUCUCCCCCCCCCGGGGCCUCCCUCUUCCUCCAUUUCCUUUUGGUAAUUGUUUCUCCAUUUUUAAAUUCAUCAAAAGAAGUUUUACUGUUAACUUUCACUUUACUUACUUAUUCUUAUUAUAAUCAUGGUUAGAUAAUUAUGCAGGUGCACAUAUUUGUAUGACACACUAUGCCCAAAAUUAAUCCAUGAAGCAAAUCUUGAUUUUCUUUGUGAGCUUGUUGAUAUCCUUAAAGUCGAAGUCCUGGAUGAACAACUUAGCAGACGGAGUGAGUCACUGGCAGGGUUACAUCCUACAUUACAUAGAAUCCUAGCUGAUGUUCAUGAGAGAUUGACUUUCCGGGCUUGAACACAUAUCCGUGAUGAGAUUGCGAAUUACAUUCCUUUUGAUGAAGACUUGGAUUAUUUAGAAUGCAGAAGGACAAGGAUUUGGAGAAGAGCCUGAAAGCCACUUGCGAAGAAUUCACCAUGUCAGUCACUAAGCUUGUUGUGGAUCCCAUGCUUUCGUUUGUAACCAAGGUGACAGCUGUGAAAGUUGCAUUAUCCUCUGGUGGACAAUCAGAAAUCAGACUCUGUUCUGGCCAAACCCCUAAAGAAUCAAGCUUUUGCUAUUCCAGACAAGGUGACUGAGCUUAUCCAGAAGGACAAACAUUGUGGAGGCUCACUUACAGAUACAAUCCCUACUAAAGUCUCGAGUACUCUCCUGAAGAGAUACAAAGCAUUGGUACGGCGAUGAUACAGGAUUUGCAGACUCGACUCGAUGGCUUUCUGUAGAGAAUGGUGAAUUCCAUGUUUUUAUCUCAGCUCUGAAUAAUUUUUUUCUUUUUUUCUUUUUGUAAUAUCUUCUAGGCUUGAAGGCCUUGUGUAGGUUCUCUUCUCAGUACAAAUUUGAAUCUGUUAAUCCCGAGCUAACAAACGUUGAAAUUGAGAAAAUUUAAUUUCUGUUUGGAAUUGA